CCCCGGGAGCAGCGGACCUGCAUCUCCAGAUGGAAGGAGACCAGAGGGCUGUUGUGUUCUAGAAGGAAUUAAUGCAAAUCCAACUAGCUGAACCAGGCAUGUCAGUUGGUAAAGAAAUGCACUUUUUUCCCCCUCUUAACAUUCAAGUCGCAAUGAAUUGAUUCUCACACUUUCAGAUGAGAGAAAUGCAGCCGAUUUGAACGUUGAGGGUGUUAAAACUUCAGGAAGUUGCUAGAAGAUCUGGGAUAUCUACAGAAAGGAAACAAGCAAAACUCAUCACUGCUACCAAGAGGAGGAGAGUUACAGAUGCUCAGGAUUUGAGUAGAAAGGAACAGGGACGGAGCUGAACAGAUCCAACACCUUAAAGGACGAUUGGAUCUCAAAAUAUGAAAGACCCUUCAUUCAAUAAAGCAACAGGAUUGGCUCUGAGGAGCGGUAAGCAACAUUUGGGCAGCGCCGGAGGACUCUGCUCCAGUCCAAGGGCUUGGGGAUGUGGCUGGAAUGGCGCCCGACUCCUGUGCUUUGCCGCCAUUAGCUGGGUGCUCGUGACUCAGAUGGAAGUGGGAGCCUGGACCUACCAUUAUGGAGACAAAUCUGAUUACUCAUGGGAGCUGGCCAGAAACUUUUGCAGGUCAUUCUACACCGACCUCGUAGCAAUCCAGAACCAGAGGGAAAUUGCUUAUCUCAACAGUGUCUUACCCCACUCUAGAACAUACUACUGGAUUGGGCUACGAAAGAUAAAAAAUGUCUGGACGUGGGUUGGUACCAACAAGGCCCUGACGAAGGAGGCUGAGAACUGGGCUAACAGGGAACCCAGCAAUAAAGGGAGGAACCAAGACUGUGUGGAGAUUUACAUAAAGAGAGACCUUGAUGCUGGAAGGUGGAACGAUGAGCACUGCCAAAAGAAAAAGAGGGCUCUGUGUUACCAAGCGUCUUGCCAGCGUUCCUCCUGCAGCCAGCGCGGCGAGUGCGUGGAGACCAUCGGGAACUACACCUGUGAUUGCUACCCUGGCUUCUACGGGCCGGAGUGUGAACACGUUGUGAGGUGCAAAAACCUUCACCCCGGGCCUGACUGCAGUCAUCCCCUGGGGGAAUUUAGCUACAACUCCACAUGCAAGUUCCAGUGCCAGGAGGGGUUUGAACUGCAAGGGCUGGACACGGUGCAGUGCUUGGCGUCGGGGAACUGGACAGCAGCAGCUCCGGAGUGUGCAGGUGUGACAUACUUCCUUGCCUCCUCAUGCCAGCUGAGACCUGUUGCAUUGCUCACACCUAGACGUGUGUGA